GCGAAAUAAAAAAAAUACAUGAAAAUAUACAAAGAAUUUAAACAUCGAUAUCUGGUACAAAUACAUACGACAGAUACAUACGACUGAUACAUACAACAGAGACAUACAACAGAUACAUACAACAGAGACAUACAACAGAGACAUACAAUAGAUAUCAUGCAUACGCACUCGUUCGUAGAUUAGUUUAUAACGUUGUUAGCGUCCGAGUUGAGUCGCCAAAUACAUCGCAGUAACUCAACAUUUGCAGAAAUUACCAGAACAAAAUGUUGGUUUUCUGAAGUUUUCUCCCUACAAAUUGGAAAAAAUACUGGAUGACAAAUUGAAAAAAAGUCGUUUUUGUUCUGUUGGAGAGUGAUUAACUCAGCUUCGCCUGCUGAAAACAAAUUUUUGCUACUGCUUCCUAUAUUCGUUUCCUAUAAAUAGUAUUAUUACUUUUACUAUUUACUGCUGCGGCUACUACUACUACCACCACUACUACUACUACUGCAGCUACUACUACCACUACUGCUGCUACAACUGCCACUACUAAAAUUUUAUUGCUUUAAAUACAAACAUACACAUAUACAUACACAUAUAAACGUAAUAUAUACAUAAAACAUACGCCAGUCAGUUUAUUCAUAUCAAUCCAUCUCUAUUUAACAGUUAACUUCAACACAUCUAUGCAAUUUACGUAAUGUAAAACAAAAAAAAAUGGUUAUAAGUUAUUAUUGGCAGUUGUUAGGCAACGUUUGUUGAGUUGGACAGCACAAGAUGACCCUCAGUUUCGAAAGGGUCAAGUCGAUGAUCGAAGAGUUAACUAAUGUUAAUAUCGCCGUGGUUUGCGGCUUGAGUUUAUUAGUGUUGCUUGUCGACACGUCUGACGACGGUGGUUGUGACCCGCCCUAUCGUUCGAAGACCCAUAUCAGUUUUGAUGGCUUGGAGGGGCAUCUAACUGUCCCCGUUUUUACGAAAACAUGUACCAGUGACGUUAAGGUGGUUUACACUUUUGAGGGUGUGGCAGACCAGAGGGUACAGCUGACCCUGAACAACGUCAGUCUUGGAUGGGACGACACUGAACACGAUACCGUCAACCAAUGCGAAACAGGUGACUUCAUAAAGGUCCACGUGUUUGUAGGCAGGUCGAAACAGGAGCUGACGAACGUCUGCGGCAAUCGGACUUUCCUCAAGUUCAUGUCCACCGACAACACCAUGGAACUCGAGUACGUGAAGAGGAGUAGCACCAAAAUUUUAGGACCAGCCUUCAGUGCCAACUACAAAUUCGUCACAAAUUUCGGCAUAACGACAGGAAUACAGAACAAGAACCAGCCCAAUAUAAAGUGUAUGUUCGAAUACUUCAGCAGCCAGGGAAACAACGGUACAUUUUCAUCUCCCAACUAUCCCGGAUACUACCCACGCAACACGGAAUGCCACUACAUCUUCCACGGGAGCCAACAUGAAAGGAUAUAUAUCUCUUUCAAAUAUUUUGAUGUUGAAGGGCAUUCCAAUUGUAAGGAUGGAACGCAGAGUGACUAUGUGGAGCUUUCGAACUUCAACAUUCCUCUGGUGGACAGGAAGAUGGACAGGUUGUGUGGAACGGAUGUUGUCAGCAAGAGGAAAGAGAUCUCCAGUGACGGAAAUUUUUUUAGGGUCACCUUCAAAUCUGACGACGUGUACGAUGGCGAGGGAUUUGAAGCUGCCUACCAAUUUCGAAAGAUCAGUUCUGAUCAGCACAUGUUGCCGAGAGGAGAGAAGAUGGUUGGACGAACGUCAGUCCUAAAAUCUAGCUACAUUCUUUUAUCAAUUUCUCUUCUUAUAUCACCACUUCACUCAUAAUUCAUAGCAAUAAUUAAAAAGAUUAAAACUUUGAAUUGAUUUAAAAAGCUUUACUGUUGAUUUAAAGAAAUUAAAGUCUAACUUAUUAAAUAUAUUACGCGCUUGAAAAUUGCAUUGUGCGUCAGCAGUCAGUUUAAAUUUUAAAAUUCAAAUUUUUAAAUCUUUUCCCGCUAUUUUUUAGUUAACCCAAUAAUUCAUUUUGCUGGUAUUUUCUCAUUCACCAAUUUAAUAAAAAAUACUCAUUUUAUUUAAUAUUUUUUGCAAUAAAUAAAUAAUUUUGUG